UUCAUCACUUUCAUCCAUCACACUCAAAUCCAGCUGCCGACAGAACCCAUAUGCAAUCUCACCUUCUGACGAUGCCAGAGGUGCUCGUGGAGCCUCGGUUCGAGUCGCCAACAGCAGCACCAACAGCCGCCGCUGCUGCUACCCCUACUGCUACAACGACUGCUACCCCUACUGCUACAACGAGCACAAUGGCUGCCGCCGUGCUGCGGCUACCAGGACGCGCUGCAGAGAUUGCCGCGUAUGGAGCGCUGCUCGGCCAGCGCGAGUCCACCGUCCCAGCCAUCUUUGUCUAUGGGCACACUGCCACGGGCAAGACUCUUGUUGUGAAGUCCGUCCUCCGGCACCACAACGUGCGCCACGCAUACGUGAGUUGCGUCGACAAGUACACGCUGCGGCUCUUGUUUGAAGCCGUGCUGGAUCAGCUCUUUGGUCACGUCCCUAGCCAAGCAGAUGGCUUUACCAGUCGCGUGCGGUGCGACAAUCUGAGCGACUUUGUGAGCCUGCUGGUGGAGGCAAUCGACACUGUCCCGGCAGAGCAACGCUCGUCCAGUCUGCCCGCUGCAAGUUCCGGCCAAGUGCACCAACCUACUGUGCACCUGGUGUUUGACAAUGCCGAGCGCCUGCGCGACUUUUCGACCGCCACCCUCCUCCCCGCGCUCCUCCGCCUCCGUGAGCUGACCAUGCGCAAUAUUUGUGUUACGCUCAUCAGCGAGCUCGUAUGGGACAAGUUCCGUGCGGGCACGGGAGCGCCCGAUCCCUACGUCAUGUACUUUGCACCCUAUUCGCAGGCCGUUAGUGUCGAAAUUAUCGCCGCCGAGCGACCUGCACUCCAGGUGCCCAGCGAGCUGUUUCAAGAGUUUAUCAAACUCUUGUGGAAUGUCUUUCACGGCCCCUGUCGCGAUUUGAAUGAGCUGCGACACCUUGCACAGCUGCUCUUCCCCGUGUACUGCGAGCCCGUCUUGCAGGGCACUGUCGAGUCGAGCGAUUCGGUUCGUCUCUGGCGGCACAUUGACCCGUACUUUCGUAAAGUGCUUGCCAAGCUCUACUUGCGUGAAAUCUCUGAUUCGGAGUGGGGUCGCGUCCAGCAGCAGGCUCACGAGUUUGCGGCCAGCGGGACGUCUUCUGCCAGCAUUGUUGCGGGCGGCGUCGCAGUCCAACGACUAGACAUCGAACUUCCCUAUCAUUCAAAGUUCCUCCUAAUCGCAGCCUAUCUUGCAUCGUACAACUCGGUGCGAUCCGACUCCACCGUGUUUGCCAAACGGACGCGCGACACACCUCUCCGUCGCCGUGGUCGAGGAGGCAAGCUUGCCUCAACUCCUCGAACAGAAAAGCUGAGCCAGCGGCUGCUCGGACCCCGCCCAUUCCCACUGGACCGCCUGUUUGCCAUUUUUCACAGCAUCGUGGACGAACGAGUUGACAGCACUGCCGAUUUGCAGAUGCAGGUUUCCUCUCUCAUCAGCUUGCGGUUGCUGACGAGACAUAGCGCGGCCGACAACCUGGAUGCCGUCAAACUACGCUGCAACGUAUCUUGGGAUUUUGCUCUUGCUGUUGCACGAAGUGUUAGCUUUGAUUUAUCGCGGUAUUUGACAGAGGUGUAGAAAUACAGCGCGAUCAGUCUUG